GGCGUAACCCGGUGGCGUGUAAAUACACGCGCCGUGCAUGUUUGAUACCAGAGAUCCGCCGUGGCGGGAUGAGCACUCCGGCCGGGUGAAGGGUCGACAGAUUAUCAGCAGGGAUCGCCGUGCUUAACCCUACGUAACCCGCGUAACCCCAACAUAUAGAUAGUCGGGCCAGAGCGCUGACAAUAUUCUGUACUACUACUGUACUGCUGUGAGCUCAUUACCAGCGGCAAGUCCUCGUCCCGUGAAGACCAAGGGAGACCAUCUGCCGGCCUUGCUACACCGACGACACCAUAUUACACACUCUCACCGGCUGAGUCGGACGGGACGUCAGCGCGCAACUGGUGGCUCCAGCUAGCGAGCAGAGAGACAACCCCGAGUAGUAGAAACCACCACACGGACGGAAGUACGACGGCUCUGCCCUGGGCUAUGAAGGUGGACUCGGGCGGCGUGGACUUGAGCACCAUGGAAAGUUUGCAGCGACAGGCGAGUCGAGACCUCAGCGACGACGACUCCGUCUCCCUGGAGCCCGGGGAGAUCCCCCCGGAGGAGCUCAGGCGGCAGGUGGCCGAGGCCACGGCGGGAGACCGGCCCUUGAACCUCGAGCACCCCGGGCCGCGGCAGCCCGACCAGGCCGCCGCCAAGGAGAACGCUAACGCCGCGGUGUCCGUGUCGGUGCCCGGCCACUUCCACCAGGGGCUCGGGGUUGACAGCUCCCCGCCGGAGCUCUCCCCGGAGUCCCGAGAGCUCGCCUUCAUGCAGCAACACCUGAACGCCCAUGCCCACCAGGCCGAGUGGUCCUUCCAAGAACAGUUCAAGCAGAAACAGCGUAAAAUCCCGGCAGCGUUGGACAGCAUGAAAGUGUCGGGGCAGCGACAGAGCGACUUUGGCCAUAGUGCGCACCAGUACAUGACGGCACUUAACGAGCUAUAUGAAAUAGACGAUGAUCCAAAGAGGAAAGAGUUUCUAGACAACCUCUUCACCUUCAUGCAGAAAAGAGGGACGCCGGUAAAUCGUAUCCCCAUCAUGGCCAAGCAGACCCUAGAUCUCUACCAGCUGUUCAACCUGGUGGUGGAGAGAGGGGGCCUCGUGGAGGUCAUCAACAAGAAACUCUGGCGGGAGAUCACCAAGGGUCUCAACCUGCCGUCCUCCAUCACAAGUGCUGCUUUUACCCUUAGAACACAAUACAUGAAGUACCUCUACCCUUACGAAUGUGAAACGAAGAAGUUGAGUUCCCCGCUGGAGCUCCAGGCUGCGAUUGACGGGAACCGGCGCGAGAGUCGGCGGGCCAGCUUCUCGUACCAGUACGGCUCGGCUCCCACCAUGAUCCCCCCGCAGACCAGACUGCUCGCCACGGGAAACGGGACGCCACACAGCGCCUCUGAUGACGAGGUAGCAGUGAUCUCCCCGCACCACCACCAUCACCUGGGCAGCCCCGUGUCCGCACUCGCCAGCCUGGCCAAUCACACGUCAGCGCUGGAGCAGCUCAGAAGAGAAGCGCUCGCAGACGGGGAGCCCCAGGCCAAGAGACUGGCUGCCGCUAUAGAGAGAGCAACAGACUAUAUGUUUGCUGCAGAGAGAGCGGAGCAGCAGCAGCAGCAGCAGCAGCAACGCGAGCGGGUACAGCAGGAGCUGCAGCAGCGCGAACGGGAACAGCGCGAGCGGGAACAGCACCACCACCACCUCCAGCAGAGGAUAGCUGUUCCACAGCUGCCCGCCGCCAACAUCAAGAUAGGCUCACUAGAUAAUUCUGACAACAAGAGUCUGAUACUGGACAUGUCCAGCAGCAACGCCAUCGGUGUGAGCAUCGAGCUGAAUGGUGUGCUGUACCAGGGCGUGCUGUACGCCAGAAAUGCUGUCCCCACGCUGUCCCCGCACGAGCCGGGCCCGCAGAGCGCCGCCAGCAUCCCCCGCUCCAACGCGGUGUGAGACCCACAUCCGUGGGAGACCCCCUAUACCUUGUACUGCCCCAUCACUGUGCAGGCGGUGGCAGGGGUUUGUGUUCCUUACACAAGCUUGGGUAAAAUGGAUGUGGAUAUGAUUCUUUGUAAUCUGUAUAGUUCAAAGAAUAGAUACUGUUUCUAUAAUUCUAGUAUAAAUGUAUUUGCAUUUUUGUUAUUGGUAAUAUUUGAUAUUACAAAAGGAUUUUUCAUGUCAGCCUGUCCAUAAAUGCUUACAGUUGUACAGGAAAGAGACAAUGUAUGUUCAGUUCACUACAUUACAAUGAGUAUACUAGUAUGGUGAUAUCAAGAACAAAGAAGAUUGAUCCAAGUGUUUACAUGUAAUGUAAAAUAGAAAAGAGCCCAACCUUUGCCACUUCCUGCACACUCAUGCCAAAACCAAAGCAAUCUCCAAUGUACCUGACUCCACAUCCUCCCUGUGUAGAGACAACUGGUGUCUGGGUAGACAUGCCAAUACAAUUCCAGCUUAGUUUUUUCCCUAUACUUUCCAAGAAGUUGAUAUCCAACAUGAAAUAUUACUAUAUAUAGAUACACCGUACGUGUAUAUCCCAACUUUUUUAGAUUAAGCUUUUUAGAUAAAGUUUUUUGUCUAAUGUAAAAGACCCACAUUUUACCUGAACCAUUUUGUUGUUUUCCAUCUAUGAUUCAUGAGUCAAGGAAUUGUGCUGGCAUGGCAUUAACAAUGUAUUUUGUACCAUUGAAACUGUACACAGUGUCCUCCAACUUGUAAAUGUGACUCCUCAAGAAAAAAAAAAAGUGCUCUUCAUACGACCCUGUGUUAGAGUCCUGGUGUAACUGUUAGCUGUAUUGUACACUGUUCUACAUUCCUGUUGUGUGAAGAAACAUUCCAUGCAGCUGUAGGCUAGGGUACAGGAUUUCAUGUAUACAGUAUCGGCUAUUGGUCUUCAGCGUUGGUUAGAGACAGGAAGCUGGGCAAGGAUUGUAGAGUGACUUUAUGGUAAACCCUCAUAAACACACACACUUUAACUCAUGAACACUCACACAAACAUACAUACAUUUGCACACAUACAUUGUACACGCACACACACAUUAACACACAAACAGGCAUCCUUUUUUUGCAUUCAAAUGCACACAAAAACACUUACAUUGUUCUCACACACACAUGCACAUACACUACACAUUCACAUGUAGAAACAGACAUGUAGAUCAUAUAUUAUCUGUUUCAAUGUCUUCCUGUUGCAACGACACUUGCAUACAUGUUUACUACAUUCAGUGGGGAAGGUUGCUCAGCUAGGCCCCCUGCUGAAAGGAAGUGGUAUUGCAAACCUGUACCAGCCUGCUGAAAAACUGUGAUUUAUAUAAUUACAUGUUUGCUGUAGAAGAUCUGUAUGUGGUAUCAAGUACAUUUUAUAUACAUAUUUUGUUUCACAUGUUAACCAGCACAUGAGUUAUUAUUAUUAUUAUCAUUAUUAGCAUAUCCUUAAAACUGUGAUAUAUAAUGUGUAUACAUUGUUUGAUCAUGUAAUGAUCAUAGAAUACUAUAUUGUCCUAGAGUUACUGUCCAUGGCUUGCACAUGAAUGAUAAUGUGCACGUAAAUGAGUGUUUUAUCUGUUUAGUGGUGUAUUUCCUUGUCCAUUCGAAGGUUGAUUGAAUUCUUAUGAUUGACAAUCAUGUGAUGAAAUGUGUAGAGAUGAUGAAGAAAUGUGUGUGGACACAAUGAUUCUGGGAUAACUAUGUGCAGUACAGGUGUUGGGAAUAGAUCUAGGCCAAGAUUUUUUUUCUCCUCAUUUCAAUUUCCUUAAAUACAUGUCAAGUCAGGGAAUAGCAGUUUUAGUCAUCCUGAAUUUUCUGAUUUUUUUUCUCCGUUUUUACUUGCAGGAUGUUUCUAACUGUUCACCAAAUGCUGUUGCAGGUUCUGAGGCAUUGGCAUUUUCCAUUGCUCAUUGUUCUGAAAUUCAGACUAGUGCAGUACACAGUACACAGUUCUAUGUUGUGCUUUAAUUGAAGUGAUGAGAAAGUCAUUCAAGUUCAAGUUCAAGAUGUACCUCAUCUGGAAUUGUUUAGGAGCUCAUGUCUCUUUAAAGUCUCAGAGUUUCUUUAUAUGGGGGCCAAUUUUGAGGUCUGGCGCAAGUGUGCUAUAAGAUUGAGACUAAACGAAUACCACUUCACUGAACCUGCCAGACACAAGCCGAUAACAGUAUUGUUUGAAGCUUAAUCUGUGUACAUGUGAUGCUAUUAGUUGGUACAAACUUUUUAUGCUAUUACUUGGUACAAACUACAAUGUAGUUUCUGUACCUUUUCUGUUAGUUUGUAAAUGGGAAUGUCAAAUUAUGUAUUACUAUGCACGUUUAAUGCACAGUUUGUUCCACUAUUGUUGCAGGAAGAUUUUGUAGUGUUUCCUUUUCUUGAAAACAUAAUUUUAUAAAUAACUACUCGUUCACACUGUUCUUUGUUUUUUGCCAUGACAACAUAUAGACCCCAUUGUUGUCCUUACUUGUAACAUUACAUAUCUGAAAGACACGAAAUUGCCCUGUUAACAGUCAAACCUGUCUGUAGUGACCAAUAGAGGACAGUGUUCGCAGCAUAUGGAUUCUCCUGUCGACUGGACAGAUGAGCAGGCAGACAAGCAUUUGCCGGUGGGUUCGGCAACCUGUUUGCCUGACCUGCACAUGACUUUGACAGGUGGCCACUAUAGACAGGGUUCAUAAUCUUAAUUCAGUCUGGAAAAAAAAUCCAAGGCCCACCAACUUAUGCAGUUGUGGUCGCUAGAACAGGCUUGACUGUAUAGUCUUGUAAUUAUAGCAAGUGUAACUGAUAUAGGUAUGAUAUCCAAGCUGCUGCUUUCAGAAUGUUUCUCUUUUUGCAUACUUGCAAUUCGUAGCGUUUUGUUGUACAGUGUGAUCGGCCUUAAGAAGGUGUAUUGUACAUCUUUUUAUAGUGUGAGAACUUCUCCCAAACCAGUUUUGUAUAUCAUCCUACAGUAGUCCAUGUUUUUUGUAGACAACAGGGAAAAAAGAAAGAAAAAAAGAAUAUACCUCAGAGGACAUACGGAAGGUAUUGAGUCUGCUAUAUAGCUAGAGGACUUUUUUGGCGCCGCCUCAGGAGCGGAGUGUUUUCUUGCUGUGCGUGUAGAUAGGUCUGUGUAAUUGUAUCCAGGAGUGCAGCUUUGUAGAUGGCCUGUGCGGGUCGGUGGGUAGCGUCCUGGUGCAUUGUGGGAGCGGUAUCUGUAUAUUUUGGUUACGGUAACAAGUGGAGUCCGAAUCCAUGUAUUUUUACUCAAUAAAACAGAGGAGGAUAUGUACCCAGAA